CGAGUAUGAGCCCCAUGCACCCCCUAGCUAGCUGACAGUGCAAUUUCAAGUUGAAAUGCAGCCUGUUGCUAAACACACGGCUAUUUCACUGCUGGCAUGCUUAACCCUGGUUGCCAAACCUUGCUGGCUACUAAGAGAAAGUAAGCAAGAUAUGUCUCCAAGUUUAGGGCGUCCUGGAUCCGAGGUAGGAGGGUGGACACAGCAGUAUGGAGAUCAGUCCUCCACCAGCUACACGGAGUACGUUGACAAUGGCCAGUUUAAACCUGGAUGGAACUAUACUACUAAAAAUUUUGUCUCGCAGACCUCUCCAUGUGUUAACGAGUUUGGUGUACUGUACUAUCCUUUACGAGCUAAUGUGAUCGCCAUAGCACCAAAUGGAAGCAUGAUUUGGGAAUGUGGUGUGUCCCCGAACGGAAAUUCGUACCUCACAAAUACACUGUACUCAAAGCCACACAAUUAUGUGAUAGUUGGGAGCACUUGGGUGCAGCAGAAUACCUUCUUCCAGUUUGUAGCUAUCAAUGCAACAGACGGUGAAGUAGUAUGGACUAAAAUGUUUAAUGAGCUCUAUCAUCCAACUACAAUUUCACUCUCCAUCGAAACAGAUUGUGUUUUUGUGGCCGGAUAUGAUAAAAGCAGUUUCGCCGCUGUCAAGAUUACCAAUGGUGAGAUUAUGUGGGAAAAGAAGAACAUUUAUCAAGUUGGGAUCUUCAUGCAAUUGAAAGUCGGAAAUAUAAUGCAACCGCUUACAGAUGCAAUUAAUGACAUUCCCAAAAAGCAGACAUUGAAUAGCAGUACGAAGCAGUUUUCCUCAGCUCCUAAACUUCUUUCACUCAACCAAACUGACGCUGCUCUGAAUGGUGAGGUGGUGCUGCUAUCAACUGAUCCUUGGGAUGGUUUUGAAGGGAAAGGACGACUUUAUGCUUACGACACUGCAGCUCAAGGUCCACUUCCUUUCCCCCACCUUCAGUGGUAUACUGAUUUGGGGUUCACAGCAGGAGCACUGUUUGCAUUCUCAAGUGUUGGCAUUCUGUAUGGCAGUAACUCCGGAAGUGAGGGCAGCAAGGGAGCACUGUUCCUGGUCAACCUGACCACAGGCGGCCUGCUAUACAAUGAUGAUGGAUGGUGUGACAGAGGGGCUGGUGGGCUGAGUGGACCAGUGGUCGAUCAACAAGGAUGUGUGUAUUUCAGUUGCGGCAACCAGAUGUUCUCUCUGACUCCUAGUGGUUCCCUUCGUUGGCAAUCGGAAAAAUUUGGCAACUCCUCACUUGGAUCAGUCACCCCACCCUCCAUCCACCCUGAUGGCCACACCUACUUCAUCCAUCAAAACGGCACAGUGGUGUACCGUCUAAUGACCAGAGAUGGAUCACUAGACAAGACCUAUAGUGUCCCAAAACUUGAAUAUUUUGAGCCACCUAUUUUAGUAGGUUCUAUGUUUAUGUAUUUGAUUGGUUUUGAAGGUAGUGCUGUUAGCAUAGUUCCUAUUGAGCUAUGAGAACAAUUUCUGCUUGUGUGUUUGUCACAAGCAUUACCAGACUAUUUUUGGAGUUUUAUCACUUUAGUGGUAAACAGAAAUCCUUUUACAAACUCUACUUUGAAGUAUAAUAUCUUCAGGCAUCCCUGCAA